AUGCUUCAUACGGAUGCAUUCAACAAGAGCGUUAAACGUAAAAUGACAAAGGAGGAAUUUGUAAAGAAUACACGCAUUGAUGGCGUACCCCCUGAAAUUUUAGAGAUUCUCUAUGAUAAUAUCACCUUCACACAGUUUAUAUAUGCCGAUGAUGACAUUGACGUGAACGGUCAAACCAUACUUGAAUCGCCGGCGGAUCAUAAACAGUUACGGAUUUUUUCUUCUUCAAAAGAACGACGAAAAUCAAUGCGUACAAGAAAUGAUCCUUAUACAGUUAUUCAGACCAAAAUUCCAACAGAGUUUAAGCCUGCAAUCAGACAUUUGGUUCCUGUAGAGAAUCCAUAUUCUUACAUGGGAACCUACCCGUCAUUGGAUACCGUAGGUUUGCACCGAGCUUUUGCAAGCGCACAUACCAUUAGGGUUACAGGGGUUCAAACUCGACGAAAUGGUGAAACUUUCAACCCCACAAAUACUUCAAUGCAACCUUUAGAUGAAGAGGAUGGAACUUUUGUCCUUAAAAUUACUAAGGGUGGUAAAUUGGGUAGGAAAGUGGACCUGGUUGAAGGUAAAAAGAAGGGUGGGUUUGUAAGAAGUUGGAGACAAUAUGGUGUGAUAUUAAGUGGAAGUCAGUUAAUGUUCUUUAAGGAUGAAGCUUGGUUUAAUACUCAAAUGGCCGAAUUAUAUAAUUCUGAGAAAUCGAAAAAGCGUCCAACCUUAAGACCUGAUGUAAUUCUCAUGACGGCAGAAUCGGUUGCCGUAUAUGAUAGAACUUACACAAAGCAUCCAUACGUUUUCCGGCUUGUGUGUCCUAAAGGUCAUCAGUAUCUUUUCCAAGCCGAAAAUGAGAUUGAAAUGAAUGAUUGGAUUACAAAAAUUAAUUAUGCUGCGACAUUUAAGACCGUCGGGUUGAAAAUGAGGCAUAUCAACGUUCGAAGAAGGGAUAAAAAGAACCCACGAAAUAUAUUCAACAACAAACUUGGAAUUAAAGAUGAUAAUAACGCAAAUGAUGCUAAUGGAAGAGCAAAUGUGUUGAGGUCUAAGAUUGAUGAGCUUCAAAGCAAGAUAUCAGCGUUAACGUCACAGCUUCAAUCAGAUGUACGAUUUAGGAAUAAUUUAUUUCUUAUGAUACCUUAUAAGAAUACAACAAGGGAUCGUAUUAUACAAGUUGCUCUGGUAGUAGCUCAAAAACUAAAACACACUUGCCUUGAAUUAAGCCGGCUGGUUUGUUAUCAUGAAAUCUUGGAAAAAGAUUUAUGCGCCACAGUCAUGGACGAUGAUAACUAUUGGCAAAAUAGAAAAAGUAUGUACAGGAUCGGGGAAAGCUCUAUGGAAUAUGAUCCGUCCAGUAAAGAUUCAUUAGAACCAACUCUGGAAGUUUUAGAGACACCAGAACCUGUCAUAGAUAAUAUUAAGAAAGAGAAACAUUCAACCAUGACUUUAAUAUCAAUGUCGUCAACGUCGUCAUUUUCUACAUUACCAUGUUCAACUCCAACUUCAAAUACAGAUUCUAGUCAUACAACGCCUCCAAGAUCACCAGACCAUGAUGAAACUUUCAGCUUUUUACAUACAGGAGAAAUUGAGUUGGAAAUCAAACCUUUGAAUGAGGACACUGAUGAUGACAGGAGUAUCUUUAAAGAUGAUGUAUCUAGUAUUAUCAGUCUUGAUUUUGAAGAUGCUCAAGAAGAUUUUGAUGGAUUUGACAUUGAAGCUUAUGAAGAAGAAUAUGAGAGAUUAAAAUCUGGAGGCAUUCCUACAUAA